AUGACUGACAAAUCUGUGAUGGAUGCUCUUGAUCUCUUGGUUGCCACUGAUGAAUUAUUAUUAACCGAAUUAUCAGAUCAUGUACAAGAUUAUCUUCUUCAUCAACAAAAUACUUGGCUUCAGAAUAAUCUUAUUGUGCUUUGGCAGAAAGUUCAUCUUAUUGAAUCUUGUCGCAAACUUCAAGA